AGUUUCAACAGAACAGUGCGAGCCCUGGGCGACAGUUUGAGACUCACCUCGAACUCACUCACAGGACACUCAUUCACCUGUAGGACGUGUUUCAGCUGGCCACCUGGACUGUUAAUACGAUUCAAGAGGGAGUUUUGACACCUGAUUGUAAACCAACAGGAAUCCGCUGAAUACAGCGACGCACUUCAACAUUAGUUUCUGUGCUCGUCCAUUAGAGGAAACCAGAGGAACCACACAAAUAUUUUUUUUUAUCUCCAUCUAUUUUUGUGACUCUGAGCUGACUGAGUUCAAUAAGCGGAAAACCGAGAAAAUUAUUAUAACGUUAGGUGGACUGUCCAUCCUUCUCUCCGAUGAACAUGUCAGGACUGUUGAGCGCACUCAUUCUCCUAAUUAUUCAAGGGUCGUUGGCUCAGCACGUGAGGGUGGAGCCUGAAGUCGUGUCAUAUCCUGGUCAGACAGUGACACUGCGAUGCCAGUUUCAGAACCCAGGCGCAACACAGCUCACUCAGGUGUCAUGGAUCUUUGAACCGACUAAUGGAGAUCGAACCAACAUUGCAGUAUUCCAUCCAAGUUUUGGAGCAAAUUACCCAACAAUUUCCCCUGUAUCGGGACGUGUCAGUUUUGUAACAGAUCCGCCCUCUUUGGAGAACCCAUCCAUUAAGAUCAGAGAAGUGAAGAUGACCGAUGAGGGCCGAUAUAUCUGUGAAUAUGCCACCUACCCUUCUGGCAACGAACAGGGCGUCACUUCGCUGAUCAUGCUGGCUAAACCGAAGAACUUAGCUACAAAAGUCACAGUUCCCGCCGGCAAAACCCCAGUCAUCGUGGCGCGCUGUGAAUCAUCCAAUGGCCGUCCGGCAGCGACUAUUUCUUGGUCCACAGCGCUUAACGGAAAUGUGACGACGCCGAUUGAGACGAAAAAUCCUGAUAAUACGAUCACCGUCCAGAGUGUCUACAUGCUGGCUCCACAGCCGUCGGAUAAUGGCAAAGACAUCAGCUGCGUGGUGUCACACCGUACCAUGACCCAACCGGAGACCUUCCCCAUGAAACUUGUUGUUGAAUAUCCUCCCCGGGUGCAGAUCGUAGGGUAUGACAACAACUGGUACAGGGGUCGGACCAGUGCAUUUUUGACCUGUCAGGCAGAUGGAAACCCCAGCCCCACCACUGUCACCUGGAAAACUUUGUCUGGACUGAUGCCUGAAACGGUGCAGGUGCAGGAAAAUCGGCUCGCUGUGCAGAAGGUGGAUGACACCCUCAACACCACCUUCAUCUGUGAGGUCAAAAACCGUUUGGGGUACGGCAGAGAUCAGAUCUCCGUCUUCGUGAGGGAACAAGCACCUCCCUCCUCAAAUGCGGGCGUGAUUGCCGGCGUGAUCAUCGCGUGUAUUCUGGCCAUCUCAUUGUUAGCGGUCCUCAUCUACUUCCUGGUAUUCUAUAAUCGCCGCCAACAGCAUGGCUACCGUGGCACCGGCAAGCCAACCGGUGCUCCCUAUGACUCCUUUACCCGUCUCUUUGGAUCUGCCAAAUCAAGCAAAAAUGGCAACGGAAACAACAACACGCCCAUUUACAGGGGAGAGAUGGGGCUUAAUGAGAAAACGGCCAAUCAGGGCAUGCACCCAGGAGGCGUGGCUCUGCUCGAGACCACACACACUCAAACAGCAGAGGAUAUCCUGCUUAGUAGAGAGAUGGAUGAGGUAGAAAGGAAGAAAUUCGAUGAACUGGAAGAAGAGGACGAGCGAUACGAUCAUUUUGGUGGGGGUGGGCCCAUCCUACAGCUCCGCCCACAUAACGAUGACCUAGACGAUGACAUGGAGUCCCAGAGGGACGGCUCUGUGAUUUCUCGGACUGCAGUCUACGUGUAGGAGGAGAUCAGAAAGAGGUUCUAGGAGGGUGUACGUGGACCUCUUCCAGAAGGAUUGAAUUUCUUCCUCUUAACGAAUAUUCAUUUUAUUGUAAAAACAAAUUACGGCUUCAAAUACCACGAGAGAAGGAUUAAUUGAUGGAUUGAGUUAAUGAAUGGAUGAAUUAAUACGCUGGAUAUAGCACAGAUUUAAACAUUGGAGGAUUGGGUGAAGUAAAUAGAGACUACUAAAUACGAAACUGUCAGGCUUCCAUUUCCUAAUUAUUGCUUUGGUUGUCAUGGUGACACAUUCGGAGUAAUAUGAAACUAAAGAUGUUGACGCUGCGCGAUAUAUAUAUAUAUAUAUGACAUGCACACACAUGAAGUUAUGUAAGUAAAUCCACUGUGCUUUUAUGUAAUAGUUUUAACUUGUUCUUUUUUUAUUGAUCUUGGAUUCACACUUAAACCAGUUUCAAACUUGAUUCACUCGGUGUGAGUUGAGUUUGGGUGGAGCACAUUCCUCGGCCCUACAUCUCUUUGUCUUCUAUGGAAGCUAUUCUUAUGUAUUGUGUAGAUUUUGAAGAAGAGUCAAAUGUGCCCAGUGCUUUUGAUCUGUUAUACACUCACGUCUAAUAUUUGACUAGCCACGCCUCCGUGGGCUUUCUUCCUGUAAAGUCAUCCCCACACACUCAUCUGUCUCAAGAUGACAUGCACAGUUCCCUCAUUAUACAGCACUCAAUAUCUCAAUCCCAUGACGUGACUCACCAGUGAAUCAGUUGGUUUUUCGGGGCUAAUCAAAUCAAAACAAAUGUUAAUGAAUGGUGUGUUCAUCCUCACCCACAAUCCAUUUAGUCAGGAAAAGAUGAGUUCAAGCAGGGCUAUUUCCUGUUUUUCCUGUACAGUUUCCUUAUGCAUUCAGUCAUAAAACGAUGUAGCAGACCGCUGUAGUAAUAAAAACAGCGAGUCAGGGUCACAUCCUUAUUCACAGUGAACUUUGAACCCUGACGGACAUUAAGUAUUCAACUAAAUUUAUUGUAAUAUGUCACAGUUAAACUUGCGAAGGGAUGGUGUGCCACAUAUUUAACACUUCCCAAUAUUGUUCAGGUUGUUAAUAUGGUUUUAGUUAUCAUGAACCAACAAUACUUGUACAGCAUUUAUUAAUCCAAGUUCAUGUUAAUUUAUAAAUAUACUAUUGUUCAUUAUUAAUGUUUUUUCAUAAUACACUCACUGAUAUUAGUUUAUUAACUUGAGAUGCUAAAACUAUCAAAAUUGGCAUUAACCCAAAUUAAUGAAUGCUGUGGACAUGCUGUUAAAAGUCAGUCGGUGAUGAUUCCUAAUGCUUUAACUCUUGCUAAUGAAUAAAAACUGUAAAGUGUUUACAGCGAUUCUAUAUUUCUAAUUCUAACCCAUGGCCAGAGUUACCAUGGCCACACAGCUAAAUAUACCUCUCCUCAGACACCGCGGCUCACAUCUCACUGUUAUUUUCUUGUUUUGUUGUCAUUCCUCUCAGCCGCGGAGAUACACUGCCUUGUUAAAUGGGAAAUAAAAUGAAGAAGCUCUUGAAAGAGUGAAAGAUAGUGCUUAUUGUUCGAUGUGAGGUGAUUGUAAACUACUGUAUGUACACAUUUUAUUUUUCUUAAAAAUUAAAAAAACCUCUAUACUUCUAACUGUAAAUACGGAGACGGGGCGAGGUGCAUAUCCAGCUCGAAUGUUGCGCAUGUCAAUACUGUACUGUAUGAGAGCACAUAUCACAUAUUUACAUCUCUAAUCUAAUAUCAACAGUACUAGUUUAGACAAGUUCACAUGGGGAAGCUUUCUAUCGGGUGUAGUGUGUGUGUGUGUGUGUGUGUGAGAGAGAGAGUGAGUCAGCGUGUUAAGUGGUGUCUGACUCGAGGGCAGUGAGUUAUUCCUCAAGUCUCUCAGGGUCUCACACACAUACACAAUGUGAUUUAAACUGGACAUCACACACACACACACACACAUAUUCUUUCUCCCUCUAAAUCAUGUCAAACCAGCUGCCCUUGGUUUGUCCCUCUCUGUUCCCGAGCAUCCGAGGGCAAAGUGGGUUCCAUAGCGUUGUUAGCCUGAUUCAGUGACCCUAUUUGUGCCUCGUCUGGAUCAGUUGCGCUGAAAGAAGUUGUUUUCAUCUCUGAAAGGGUGGUCUGAUGCGCUCUGAUCCGUCUGGCACAGAUAAGGCCGUGGCUUCGGUGCUGCCCAGUUUCCAUCCUGAUUGAAAGGUCAGACCGCAAUCAGUGAAUGUGUGAGUAGAAGAAGAGGUUUCGUCACUCGUGCUCUGAGAGGCAGAAUGCUUUCGCUCCUCAUUAGAGGAGAACGCACUGACCUUCCAGCUCAACGUCUCCUCCAGGAAUUCCGUAAUGAAGGAACGGAUGCCUUGAGAAUAUUAAGGAAAUGUCCUUUGUGAUGGGAGACUGUUUAAGUAGAUUUCCAGAGAGUGUGGAGUUGUGAAUAUGGGAUGUUCUGGUCUCCUCAAUGUCGUCGUCGUCCCUUGUUGUCUGGUUUAGAUGUUCCACAGUACUGGUAAACACACACACACACACACAUUUAAAAGCCUUAAUGUCACCCAACACAAACCAUCCCUCCUGCGAGUAUAGUAUAAAUAUAUAAACAUGAUAUACAUAAAGGCUAAAUGGUGAUGUCACAUCCUUGUGUGUUGUACUUCACUUCUGUGAGCAUGAAGGAUACAUAGUUUUAUUUGAGUUGGUUCUGCUUUAUUAUAAGGUUCAGUUUGGUGGAAUUGUAAUGCAUUAGGUAUCAUGAGCUAUCGUCAGUAAUAUUUACUGCAUUUAUUAAUCCGUUACUUUAUGAAUCUAGGCUACUAUUGUUUAAUUCAUGAUUGUUCAUAGUAAACGCAUGUUCAUUUAUAUGAAAUGUUAGAAAUCAUUAUGCAGAAUUGAACAUUAACUUAGAUUAAUAAAUGCUGUAAAAAAUGUCAAUAGUCUGUUACUUAAUGCAUUAACUCGUGUAAGCAUAUCGAACCAUAUUGUAAAAUGUUAUUGAGUUUUAUAUGAUUUGAUUUUACUGUUUAUUUUUCUCUCUUGUUUUUAUUUAAAUGAUCUGUGCUUUAAUAGUUUUUAUUCGGAGUGAUUUAUUGGUGCCUGUAAUGUGUUUGUGCUGUAUACUGUUGACCACCGCUCUAAAACUCUCAUGGACACAGAAAACACAUCUAUGCCACUAAAUGCUUUACUGCCUUGCAUUGCUUUUAGGUUUUAUUUCGGUUGUCUGUCUUUGUAAUAUUGUCCUUUUUCAUUUUUUAUUUUUUUGGUUGCUUAUUAAAGUCUUACAGAUAUUUGA